AUGAAGUUACUAGUACCGUUGGCCCUGGUGGCCGCACUGGCCGUACUCAGUUGUACCGCCGAGGAGAAGAAGGAGCAAGACUACGGAACCGUCGUCGGAAUCGAUCUGGGAACGACCUACUCGUGUGUGGGAGUGUACAAGAACGGCCGCGUGGAAAUCAUCGCCAACGAUCAGGGUAACCGAAUCACGCCCUCGUACGUGGCAUUCACUGCCGAUGGCGAGCGUCUGAUCGGCGAUGCCGCCAAGAAUCAGCUGACCACCAAUCCGGAGAACACCGUCUUCGACGCCAAGCGUCUGAUCGGUCGUGAGUUCACUGACUCCACUGUCCAGCACGAUGCCAAGCUGCUUCCAUUCAAGGUGAUCGAGAAGAACUCCAAGCCACAUAUCAAGGUUUCGACCAGCCAGGGCGAUAAGGUGUUCGCCCCGGAGGAGAUUUCUGCCAUGGUGCUGGGCAAGAUGAAGGAAACCGCCGAAGCCUACCUGGGCAAGAAGGUCACCCACGCCGUCGUUACCGUUCCGGCCUACUUCAACGAUGCUCAGCGUCAGGCUACCAAGGAUGCCGGAGUGAUCGCCGGUUUGAACGUGAUGCGUAUCAUCAACGAGCCAACUGCCGCCGCUAUCGCCUACGGUUUGGACAAGAAGGACGGUGAGAAGAACGUUCUGGUGUUCGAUUUGGGAGGCGGUACCUUCGAUGUGUCCCUUUUGACCAUUGACAACGGUGUGUUCGAGGUCGUUGCUACCAACGGUGACACUCACUUGGGAGGUGAAGAUUUCGAUCAGCGCGUGAUGGAUCACUUCAUCAAGCUGUACAAGAAGAAGAAGGGUAAGGACAUCCGCAAGGACAACCGCGCUGUGCAGAAACUGCGUCGUGAAGUCGAGAAGGCCAAGCGCGCUCUGUCGUCCAGCCACCAGGUCCGCAUUGAAAUCGAAUCGUUCUACGAGGGUGAUGACUUCAGCGAAACUCUGACCCGUGCUAAGUUCGAGGAAUUGAACAUGGAUCUGUUCCGUUCGACCAUGAAGCCAGUCCAGAAGGUCUUGGAAGAUGCCGAUAUGAACAAGAAGGAUGUCGAUGAAAUUGUCUUGGUCGGAGGAUCCACUCGUAUCCCCAAGGUUCAGCAACUGGUCAAGGAAUUCUUCAACGGAAAGGAACCAUCCCGUGGUAUUAACCCCGAUGAAGCCGUCGCUUAUGGUGCCGCUGUUCAGGCUGGUGUCCUCUCCGGAGAACAAGACACGGAAGCCAUCGUCCUGCUCGACGUCAACCCACUGACUAUGGGUAUCGAAACCGUCGGAGGAGUCAUGACUAAGCUGAUCCCGCGUAACACCGUCAUCCCAACCAAGAAGUCCCAGAUCUUCUCCACUGCUUCCGAUAACCAGCACACCGUCACCAUCCAGGUCUACGAAGGUGAACGUCCCAUGACCAAGGACAACCACUUGCUCGGAAAGUUCGAUCUGACCGGAAUCCCACCUGCACCACGAGGCAUCCCACAGAUUGAAGUGUCGUUCGAAAUUGAUGCCAACGGUAUCCUGCAGGUGUCGGCCGAAGACAAGGGAACCGGAAACCGCGAAAAGAUUGUCAUCACUAACGACCAAAACCGUCUGACCCCAGAGGACAUCGAACGCAUGAUCAAGGACGCCGAACGAUUCGCCGACGACGAUAAGAAGCUGAAGGAACGCGUCGAAGCCCGCAACGAACUCGAGAGCUAUGCCUACAGCUUGAAGAACCAGCUCGGAGACAAGGACAAGUUGGGCGCCAAGGUGGCCGAUGAUGACAAGGCCAAGAUGGAGGAAGCCAUCGACGAGAAGAUCAAGUGGCUGGACGAAAACCAGGACGCCGACUCCGAAGACUACAAGAAGCAGAAGAAGGAGCUGGAAGAUGUCGUGCAGCCAAUCAUUGCCAAGCUGUACGCCAGCACUGGCGGUUCUCCUCCACCAACUGCCGGCGAAGACGACGAUCUCAAGGAUGAACUGUAAAUUCUUGUUUGUUAGUCUAGCGUAAUUUCCAUUUUCCGCCGGUCCCUGGUCGGUCUAGUGUUAGGGCCCCUUCCACACAUCGAUCCAGCCUGGCCAGAGCCAGAGUCGCAGAGGGACUCCCAGUUCAUUACUAGCCGUUUAGAGAUCAAGUAGAGGAGGAAAAGAGUUCCCCCCACAGUAGAAGAGCGUGUGUGCGAGCGAGAUAAUUACGAGUUCGAGUGUACUAGGAGCGCGUUAGGCGUGUUCUCAUCUCAUUUUUCAGAUGAGGCAGAAGAAAAUUAACAAAAAACAAAACCCACAAAGUUUAGUUUAGAAACUUGCGUGAAUACACUUACGAGAGAGGCGAGAAGGGCGUGCGAUGCGUCUUUAUUUAUUGUUUAAUUUGUUUUCGUAAAUCGCGUUUAUUUUGCCUUUUGAUAGGGUAGUCCGAGAAAGAAAAGACACUUUGUUCCUUCAUCCUCCCCUUUCGUUAUCAUAAACAGCGCAAGUAUUGCGGCCAUGGUAACGAGUACUCUUUAUCUCCUUCCUUUCAUUCCCAGUUUAUCUAUUACCUAUUAUCCCAUGUUAGGUUCUUUUCCUUUCUCAACCAUCGACUGAUUGUAUGUAAGUGUGUGCGUGAUUAGAGUUUCAAGACAUCCAAGUUAAAGUAAAAGCAACAAAUUCUACUAGGAAACUUAAACCAUUCAAAGCAAGAAUGAUGAUGAAACAAAUGCAGAUUAACAAGAGAAUGCUGUCUGUAAGAGAAAGAAUUCAAAUAAAAGUUUUAUAAUUAAAUUAAAA